GUGCUUCAGCUGGACAUCUGCAACUUUACAGCUCUUUCGCAGAAGGUGGACGCGCUGGAGGUGGCUAGCAUGAUCCAUAAGCUCUUCUCCGAGUUCGACAAGGCGGUGAUCAAGCUCUCGCUGUUCAAGAUUGACACCAUCGGAGACGCCUACAUCGUCGCCGGUUGGCUUCCCUGUGAGUCCGACUGGUUCGCGCAGCCCAUGACUAGGAAGGCGUGCCAGUCCAUGCUCUCGCUCUCGCACAUGAUGCUUGAUGCUGUCUCAGCUCACUCUCUGCAAGGAGGUCCAACGCUGCAGUGUAGGAUAGGCAUCUCUGUGGGGAUCGUGGCGUCGGGGGUGCUUGGGAGGAGGCAGUCGAGGUUCCACGUGGUUGGGCAGACGAUGCAGGAGGUCGACAACCUGGAGCAGACCGCGGGGGUCAACACUGUGCAUGUAAGCGACAAG